AUGUCUCACCUCAUCGCCUCCUCUUUCGUCGGUUCGUGGGCAAGGUCUGUGCACAUCCCUGUCGAGGAGAAUUUCGACAAGCUGCUCGAGAAGCUAUAUGCCAGCCAUGUGGCCGAGAUCCAAGAUCUCCGCCACCAGAUGGAUCUUCUCCGCGCCGAGCGCCGCAGCGGAAGUGCGUCUGCUACCCUCACCGCUUCGACCCCAGCCGAUGGCGACGACCUCAACGAGAGCGUCGAGGAUGAAGAUGCCAUUGAAGAGGGGGAGGCCAACGGCGCCGCUGAAGACAUCGACUACUCUGCCAUCGGAGCAUCGCAGUCGACCGCAAAGCACUGGAAACUCGGGAAGAAGCGUGCACACAGCAAGAAGUCUGCCCGGCGCUCGAACUCGCUGCAGUGGGAAGGUAAAAUUCGCCCCUUGGCCCGCCCCUUCUUGCAGAAGAUCGUCGAGCACCCCGCAACAGACCUUUGCAUGAGUGUGCUCAUCCUUUGCAACGCCUUGGUCUUUGCCUUCGAAGCGCAGUAUCGUGGGCUGAAGCUCUCUGAAGCUUUGGGCUUUAGCGACGAGCCGAUGAACGAUCUCUGGCCGGGAGCCGUGGACGUCUUCUAUGCUCUGGAAAUGACUUUUGGUAUCAUCUUUACAGUGGAAGUUUCCUUUCGAUUCUUCGCGCAUGGCUUCUCGUUUUUUUGGGAAGCAUGGAAUGUUCUCGAUUUCUUUGUCAUCAGCGUCUGGCUGCUGGAAAAGCUGGUGACCAACUUGCCGGUGAACAGCCACUCAGUGUUUAUGGUUACCUUCUUUGGGCUCUAA